UCCAAGGUGAACCAUCACACUCAGAUUGAAAGGCACACACGCACACAGCCACGCACUCUCUCCCUCUCUCCCCCCCCUCUCUCUGUCGGAUCUUCGCCGGGGAACAGAAGACGCAAUGCUGGUCAAGCUGGCUGUGGCGCUGCUGGUUUUGUCAGUGCUGGAGCAAGCGGUGGGAUCGGAUAAUAUUGAUUUUCACGAUCUGCCCCCGGAGAAGCCCGCCAGCCAGAAAGGACGCCUCUCCCUGCAGAACACAGCUGAGAUCCAGCACUGCCUGGUGAGUGCUGGGGAUGUUGGCUGCGGCGUGUUUGAGUGCUUUGAGAAUAACUCCUGCGAGAUUCGAGGGCUGCAGGAAAUCUGCAUGACGUUUCUGCACAAUGCUGGCAAAUUCGACUCUCAGGGAAAAUCCUUCAUCAAGGAUGCUCUGAAGUGCAUGGCCCACGGUUUACGGCACAAGUUUAGCUGCAUAAGUAGAAAGUGCGUGACCAUCAAGGAGAUGGUGUUCCAGCUCCAGAGAGAGUGCUAUGUGAAGCACAACCUGUGCGCUGCUGCAAAGGAGAAUGUGGCAGUCAUUGUGGAGAUGAUCCAUUUUCAAGAUCUUUUUCCUAAAGGCCCAUAUGUGGAGCUGGUGAAUAUUCUCCUGAGCUGUGGUGAGGAAGUCAAAGAAGCCCUGACUCGUAGCGUCAGACUACAAUGCGAGCAGAACUGGGGGGCACUGUGCGACAGCCUGAGCCUCUGCUCCUCCCUCGUCCCGUCUCCUGCCAGCUCCAUCGUCCAACACCACCGCCAUGCCUUUCCUGCUCCCCACCUAGAGCCAGAACACCCGCUUGUUCCACGACAAGGCGACAGGGACAGAGCUGGUAAGGCGGUGCUCAAUGCUCUCCCGCGUAAUCGCAGUCAGGGGCCCCGCCGCCACAGUCCAGAGGCGGCAGUGGCGACUGAGCAGGAAGACCCCAAGGCCGACGUCCGAAGGUGAAAGCUCAAGAGGUUUGCGCGGCCCUUUCAACAUUUAAAAGUCACAUUUAUAGACCUGUACACGAAUCCAUGACAUUGCAAGAAAACAAGCAUGCACACACACACACACGUCUACAAAACAUAAUUUCAAAGACAGACUCAGCAGAAGGAAACGAGUCCAGAUCUUUCCUUUUCUCUUCUGCCUCUCCAGUCAUUCCAGCAGUCCCACAUGGUAAACUUGCAGGGUAAUUGUGGUGUAGACUUUAGGCCACAGUUUUUAUUUUUUAUUUCCUUUUUUUUUUUUAUGUCUGUCUGUUUUUUUGUUUGCGAAUAACAGUUGUUACCAUAACUAUUUCAACUGUUAGGUCUAUUUUAGCUCUAAUCUAGUAUUUCUCAAAUCAUUACUUACUGUAAGAUUUGAUUAUAUUUGUAUUAUUUAUUUUAUUCUUUAUGCAAUGUUGAAAUAUCAAAAUGUACAUAGAAAUAAACUGAUCUAUAUUUAUAUGACCAUGUAUAAAUAUAGCUACAAUAUGCAAUACUGAGAUACUAUUGAUGACAAAGUAUACGGUGUGCUGUCUGUUGUUUUCUUUACAGUAUUGCACCAAUAACACAUCGAAGUGUAGAUAUGUAAUAUACACCAUUUGCUGUUUCAGAGUUUGAAUGUGUAUUAUACCCCUAUAGAUACUUGAUGAUCACAGAAAUUGUACAGGUUUUGUCCAGUUAUGGCACAUAUGAAACUUAGUGCAUGAUGCCCAUAAAGCCGACAAACUUGUGCAUUUUAAAAAAAAA